AUGACCUUAAAACUUUUGACACUCCUCGCGGCGCUGGGUACGGUAGGACUGGGGCACAAAUGCGAGGACACGGACAGUUGUGAUCAGUUAGGUUGCGAAGACGGAUGGACAGCCAUGAACCGGACACGAACUUGUUUCAAGCUGAUCCGCAAUAUAGCAUUUUCAAAAGCAGCAUCAGCAUGUGAUAAAUUUGAUGCUACAGUAGCUUCAGCUGGAGAUGAAGACGAGAAUCUGGAUCUUUUGGAAUUUGGCAUCAUUGCCCGGGUACAGAAAACAGAGAUCUUUUUAUUGGGCGCAAAACAGGAGAUCACCGUGAUAUCUAACGGUGGCCAGAAAGACUUUGAUCACAGAGAUUUAUUUGAUCAGAAGGAGAAUGUUGAUGGGUAUGAGGGAAAAGCUAAGCGAAGCGUCCAGAGAGGACGAGCCGGGCGUCGCUGGCGUUGGAUAAACGACAGACCCUUCAAAUAUACAAACUGGUACCAUCGUGAAUCCUCCGAAGAAGAGUGGGAUGACGACAAGGGGUGUAUCGAGAUGUACGUUCGUCACUGGAAUUUCGACAACUCAAAGAGCCUCCGGUUCAACAUUCAAUCGACUGGGGCUGGAAAAUGGAACCAUGUCAAGUGCGACCAAGGCAAUCGAGUGAUGGCUUGUCGCAAGGAACAGAAAGCCAAGAAGCCAAAGAAGCCCCGAUUUUCUGCCAGCCGUUCCAAUGAGGAUCCUUGUGAUCGCGGAUGGACUUAUUCCCGUAAAACCAGAAGCUGCUACUUGGGAACCUCUUGCGAUAGCGGUUGGACACAGGGAGCCGGAACUAAUAAGUGUUAUAAGUUCCUCGAUACCAUGCUCCUAUUCUCUGAAGCCACCAAACAAUGCCAACAGAUUGGGUCCCGAGUGUUGACUAUCCAUUCUUCAGUUGAGAAUCAAUUUGCUAACGCAUUCACAAAACGCACUGGUGGUCGGGAUUUCGCGUGGUUGGACGCUUCCAGGACCGGUACCGGCAAGUAUGACUAUGUCUGGAACGACAAAUCAUCGAUGAACUACACGAAUUGGGACAACUUUUUGAUGGAUUUUGCCCGGGUGGAGGAGUAUUGCUUGCAGCUACGCCCCGACGGCCGGUGGAAUGAUUAUCCGUGUUUUACACCAGAACGCACGCUUUGUCAGAAGGAAUUCGGCUGGACCUGGGCCGACGGAAGUCCGAUGGACUACAAAAACUUUUUGGAGGAUGAAUGGAAAAUUGCAAAGGCCGGUAGCGGCUGUCUUGAGAUGCAACUACGCGAGGGCAACGAUUUUAGUUCAAAUUACGCCGGAAAGUGGAACGAAAACUCGUGCGACAAUGCGUUUGAUGUGGCGAUUUGCCGGAACUCCAUCGGGCUAUCAACAGCAACAGAUGAUGGAAUGGCGAUCGCAGAAUGUGGGAUGCCAUUUGUUGAGAGGAUUGAGCUCAUAUGCGAUCCCGGCUGGACAAUGGGGAACGAUAGCGCCACAUGCCUGAAGGUGGCCCUGAAUGUGACUUUCGAAGAAAUGCGACUGAUAUGUGUGGCCCAGAAUUCCUCAAUCGCUUCGAUCCAUUCGUCGCUGGAGCACAUAGUGCUUUGGAGGCUAAUAACGGGAGCGUUGAUAGACGCCGGCGUGCUCUCAUCUGGCCGCCCGGUCGCCUCGUUAGUGGGAGCUUAUAGGACCGAUAACGGGUCAUAUGUUUGGGAUGAUGGCUCACCAAUGGAUACUGCACUAUGGGCUUCCGGUGAACCUAGCGGCAACGGAAGUUGUGUAGCGAUGUAUUCAUAUGCCGGGUUUUCCGUGCAAGACGUAAGCGUGCAGGGGAACGAAGGCCCGACCGUGGCACGUUGGUACGCCCACGAAUGCGGUCGUUUUGCGUCGGGCGUGUAUUAUCCUUGUGAGUUUUAUGGGCCAAACGACUCGGAGCCCGAGUUUGUACAUGUGAAUACUACGUACGGUGGCGAAAAAGCGGAAGCUGAGGGGGUAGAUUUUGGGAACUGCGACGAGCCAUUCACGAUCGAGCUUAAGCUACCUUGCGAUCCCGGUUGGACCCUCCUGGCCGCGACAAACAGCUGCUACAAGGCUUUCGGGGCAAUCACGACAGUUGAUGCGAGGGCCAAUUGCACGGCGAUGAACGCAAAAGUGGCGUCGGUACAUUCGGAUGAGGAGAAUGCGUUUAUACGAGAUCUGAUGUUGAAGGAAUAUUACCCAAAUGGCGAACUACCGGACAAAGACCUCAUUGGGAUGCUAGGCGCGCAAAAGGAUCUCAACAACUACAGGAUAUUUUACUGGGAUGACGGCUCAACGUGGGAUUAUGCGACGUGGUCGAUUGGCGAGCCCAAUAGUCCUAAAAGCGAGCCGUGUGCAGGGAUGUAUUUGCACUCUCUCGCAACUGCAUCCGACGGUCUACCAUACGAUGGGCGGUGGAAUGAUUGGAGCUGCGGGGGCUACUGGGAUGCGGCUGUCUGUAAAAAAGCUCCGAAUGACAUUGCA